GCAAAGAAUCUGUGAGUAUAGGUGGAGAGGGAGGCAUCGCAGGACAAAACUGAACUACAUAUUGUUAAAUGCCCUGUGACCCACAGGGUGGUACAGGCUCUUCUGUAAGGCAAGGGGAAUUGGGAUCAUGGUAUGGAGAGUGCAAUCACACUGUGGCAGUUCCUGUUGCAAUUGCUACUGGAUCAGAAACAUGAGCACCUUAUCUGCUGGACAUCAAACGAUGGGGAAUUCAAGCUGCUCAAGGCUGAAGAGGUGGCCAAACUCUGGGGGCUUAGGAAGAAUAAAACUAACAUGAACUACGACAAACUGAGUCGGGCCCUUCGGUAUUACUAUGAUAAGAAUAUUAUCAAAAAGGUUAUCGGACAGAAAUUUGUGUACAAGUUUGUUUCCUUCCCGGAGAUACUAAAGAUGGAUCCGCACUCGGUGGAAGUCAGCAGGGAGAGCAUGUUGCUGCAGGACAGCGACUGCAAGAUCCCCUCUGAUCUCAGAGAACGUCAUAAACAAACACUGGCAGCACUGAAGAGUGCCAGUCGCAAUGAAUAUAUCCACUCAGGCCUCUAUUCCUCCUUCACUAUUAACUCCCUGCAAAACCAGACAGAGAACUACAAGGUUAUCAAAACAGAAAACUUACAGGAACAUGAAGAGGAGGAGGAGGAGGAAAAGGAAGAAGAGGAGGAGGAGGAAGUAAAACCAUCCAUCAGGAACUUGGUGGAGGAAACCAGAACUGUCAUAAGAUUUGUUACAAACAAAACAGAUAAGCAAUCUGUCCGACCAGUGGUUUCCUUGCCAACUACAUCAGAAUCAUCGGCUUUCCUUUCCUCUUUGUCUGCUAAAGUUUCUUCCCAUAAGUGCUCAAAUGCAGCUAGUGUAUCCUCAGUAUCUCCUCGCUCUUCCCGUUCCCCAUCCUUGUCCCCCAAUCUGUCCUACCCAAGUGACCAAAGAAGUCUGUUCCUUGAUUACUCCAGCCAUAGUGCAGAUUCCGUGGAACCUUUAAACCUCUCCGCAAGCUCCAAAACAAGACUAUCAUCAUGCCAUCCACCCAAAGCCAAGAAGCCCAAAGGCCUAGAAAUCUGCUCCCCACCUAUGCUCCUCUCUAGUAGUGAUAUUGGAUCCAUUGCUCUCAAUAGCCCAGCUCUUCCUUCAGGAUCCAUGACCCCAGCUUUCUUCACUGCUCAGACACCAAAUGGAUUACUGUUAACCCCUAGUCCACUUUUGUCCAGCAUUCACUUCUGGAGCAGUCUUAGUCCUGUAGCUCCAUUAAGUCCUGCCAGGCUGCAAGGACCAAACACCUUGUUCCAGUUUCCCAGCCUGCUGAAUGGUCAUUUGCCAAUGCAGCUGCCAGGAAUGGACAGAGCAUCAUCUCCAGUGUUACUAUCAUCCAACACCCACAAAUCCUGAUGCACUAUGGGAUGGACUGUAAUAACAUUACCCAUAAUAAUACCCUUUUCCUGGAGUAAUCUGUGAAGAGCAUGACCUUUUUUACUUGGCACUUUUUCUUGUUGUUUACCUGAAUUAUGUUCCAAGUGUUGUACCGCAACACCAAAUUAAUCUGCAACUCCCAGCAUGCUCCAUUAACUAUGAAUUGCUUUAAAUUGUAGUUCAAAGGUGAGUAGGGGAACCACAGGUUGGCGCUAUGUAUUAAAUAUAACAGAAUAUGUGAUAUAGAUGUGGUAUAUGCAAAGUAUUGAGCACUGCUGAAUUCCAUUUCUCCAGAAGUUGACACAGUGGGCUAGUUAUAACAACCCCUAUAAAGUUAAUAGUUUGGGAAUGGAAGUCCGUUUCAAAACCGCUAAAAGCAAAGUUCUGAGUAGUGAUCACUGCACAACAUAGUUUUUUGUUGUGGCCAUAGUAGCCCAAAACAUAAACACAGACUUGGACUUCCUAAUCAAGCCACAUGUAAUGGUAAACAUCUAGCCCAAUGCAGUAAUGGAUAAGGCCCCCAUACCCUUAUGGCAGUGAUUGUCAACCUGUGGCUCUCCAACUGUUGCCAUACUACAACUCUCAGCUUCUGAAUGAUCGUCUGGAUGUUGGGGUUUUAGUGCGGCACUGGAUACAGAAAGACUAUUAGAUCACAUGAAGAAUCAGGGGCACAGGAAAUAACUAUGAAAUCAGUUUGCAGUCGGCGCAACGUUCAUUUAUUAGAAGUGUCUCUGGCCUUUCAGAUGAUCUUGUUACUUUCAGCUAGACAGCGACCAGUUGCCAAUCUUUGCCUUAUGUUAUGCACUUGAGCUUAUAGAAACUAUAACCGGCUGUGCCUUCUCUUGCAUACUAAGUUGUACGUUUGUGUAUUUUACAUUAUGGAUAACACUUAUGGGGAAGUAAACUGUAUUAGGGCAAUAAAAAGAAGAAAGUGAGAUUCUUGCAAUUGCAAAAGUUUCACUUAUUUCUUAAAAAAUUUGGAUGAUAAAAGGUAAACAAAAAACUAAAUUGCAUUGACUUAAGCAUCGGCUUUUCAUUUUUUGCCCUAUUACUAUAUCCCCCCCCCCCUUUAGACUGAGAUACCUCUUUCUUUCUAGAAUGUCUAAGCCCCAAUUCCCAAACAUAUACUCCAGCCUUGUUUGUAUUUAGUGCUUUUCAUUUUUAUUAAAAUAUGGCCUUAAACUUUUUUUUUAAUUUGAGGUAAAAAAAUAAAUAAAUAAAAAAUGCCACACUAAAAUGUUGGUUCUGCUUAAAUGAAUUGAACACAAUCAUGCAUAUCAGACACCAGCUAUUUAAUUCACAGUGGCUAGGAUAAACUCCUUAGUGGGAUGGAGUGUGGCUAAUCAAAUGGGAAAUGAAAUCUAAGGUUGGUGACAGUGACAGACAACUUGCAGCACUCCUCCAGUUACUAAACUACAACCCCUAGUAGAGCUGUAAUGCUUCUUAUAAAUUCAGCGUACUAACCAAGGCACAAAACACUCUUUAUAAUAGCACUCCUAGAGGAUGUAUUCAUGAAUGGGUUUUCAGAGAGUUCCUUUAUAUAAACAGAUCAUAUUUCCCAUUUGGCAUCUCUUUUCCAACUUAAACAAACCCAGCCUAAAAGCUUUCCAUUUAUCUUCAUUGAACCUCAUUUUUCACAGAGACGUUCAGACAUUCAUCCUCUUUAGCAAAGGUAAAGUUUUGUGUCCAUAAACAGAUAUAACUUUUGCUGCUCAAUGCUGUAACUAAUUUCUGCACAUAAUACUUUUGGUAUUUGAUUUUUAAUUCAUGACAAUUUCCAAGAUUAGUAGGUUAGGCAGCAGUUUAUAUGGCACUGUAUCAAAACCCAAAGCUAAAUGUAAGAAGAUCACUGCAACUCCUAUUCAAUGCUUCCUAAAAAUACAUUUUAGUUAAACAAUGUUGCUAGAGAUCACUCUGAAAUAUACUACAUGGCCAGAAGUAUGUGGGCACAUAUGAACGCCAAGCUAAUAAUGAGCAUUCCACAACUUGAUAAACCUUUUUUUUUUUUUCAAAAUCAUAGCCUGAAAUGGGCCCCCAAUCAAAUUUUUUCCACAAAGUUGGAAGCUCACAAUUCUUUUAACUGCUAUAUGAAGAUUUCUCUUUACUGAAAUUGAGGGGUCCAGACCAGAACAUAAAAAAGUCAGUUGUUCCUCCACCACCAUACUUUACAGGUGGCCUGGUUUGAAACUCGGGGUAGGCAGUAGAGGCACAUGUUUAGGGUGCAAUGGUAGAGGGGGUGCUGGGCACAUAACUCUUAUGCCUGCCUUCCCUGAGUUUUGUCUCAUCAUGGAGUCCAUGAUGUUUUGGUGCAUGAAUUUGUGCACUUGUGCAGGCGGUGUGGUCCAAAGAGAUGAGCAGAAGGAGGAGUGUAUCAGGGGCUUGCAAGCUUACGCCUGGCACUGGAGUUGGCACUAUGCAUGCAUGAUUCUCCAGGAGCCCAACCAACAUUCGUCCCUCAGACUGCCCGAAAGCGCAGAAUGAUUCAUCACUACAGGAAACACAUUUGCAAUGCUCCGGUUCAUAAAUCAAACAUUUCUUGUGCUGAUGUUACUUCAAGAGGCAGUUUGAAACUCAGCAGAGUGUAUUGCACACAAUGACACAGAUGAUAUCUACACAGAACAUGCUUCAGUACUCUGCAGUCCAGAUCUUUGAGUUUGCGUGGCCUCCUGCUUGGUGGUUGGACCGUUGUUGCUCCUAGAGCUUUGCAAUUCACAAUAAAAGGUUUAAUGGGUGUCUGGGGCAGGUCUAACAGUGAAGAAAUGUAAUUUAACAUUUGAUGGAACAGCAUCAUCCUGUAAAAGUGCUAUAUCGGAAUUCACCUGAGCUCUUCUGUGGAUGUAUGCUUAAAGGGGAACUCCAGCUUCCAAACUCAAAUUGGUUUAAGAGCCCCACACAUCAUAGAACCCCUAAUAUACCUAUGACUUUAAUCUGUUCCUUCUAAAUGUAUGAAUAAAUACCAUUUUUAUAUGCUGAAAUCCAACUGUUCUUCAAUUCCUGCAAAUUGCUUUAAAAUUAUUUGUAAACACAUUUGCUAUUAAAAGUAGUGUUUAUAUUC